GAAGUUUUUGUCACGUGACUGUACCCGCCUGUAGGUUUAAAACGCUGCUGAAAAUGUUUCAACUUUUGUAUUUAAAUAAGGUUUAAUGGUAGAAUGUCUGGCUGAUAAAUAAUGAUCAGAGAUGGCAAAAGCUCAGAAGAAAGAAGAUGGAGAUGAAAUCCGUAAAGCACUUGGGCUUAACAAGAAUCAGUGCCUGUUUUGCCUGAAGUCAGAGGAUAAUGAGGAGAAAUAUGGCAAAUACAUAAAGAAAUUUGGACUGACACUCCACUAUUUUUGUAUGCUGUUUGCCAGUGGCUUGAGUCAGCGAGGAGAGAGUGAUGAAGAUGGAAUCUCUGGCUUUCUACCAGCCGACGUACUGAAGGAGCUUAAAAGGGGGCUAAGGCUGAGAUGCACGUUUUGUAAAUACAAAGGUGCUACCAUUGGUUGUGUGGUUGGAAAAUGUCGGACAGUGUUUCACUACAGUUGUGGGAUAGAAAGCAAAACGCUGCACCAGUUUUUUGACACAUUUAGUUCAUUUUGCUCAGACCAUCGCCCACUGCAGAUAGCCUGUCCAGAGGAACAAGCUGAGGUAUCCACGUGUGCUAUAUGUAUGACCACUGUUAUCAAUAAACCUCAAAAUGACACACUCAAAUCACCGUGCUGUAGAGGAUCAUGGUUCCACAGGACAUGCAUACAGAAACAUGCCACAACAGCUGGGUUGUAUUUCUUUAAAUGUCCACUCUGUAACAACAAGGACAACUUCCAGGAGGAGAUGCUGAGGAUGGGAGUCCACAUUCCUGACCAAGAUGCAGCCUGGGAGACUGAGCCUAAUGCCUUCACUGAUCUGUUGGAGAGGUACCUUCACUGUGAUGCCUACAGAUGUCACUGUGACAAAGGGAGGGACUACAACAAAGAUGGAGGGAAGUGGGAGAUCUUGGUUUGUGACUGGUGUGGAUCCACAGGUUCACAUGUGGGGUGUCACAAUAUCAUUAAAGUAGGACCUGAUGACUACAUGUGUCCAGACUGCUACGCAAUAGAGGAAAAAUGGAAUAACUGUCGUGGAAUAAAGAUCAAGAGGAAAUGUAAGAAGAAGAUUCCCUCCCCUAGAGCAAACAAGAAACAAGAAGACCCUGCCUUGGAGAACAAGGGCAAAAGUGAAUACCAACAACAGGGCAGUGGCUUCAGAAAACUGACCACUCCUUCAGCCCUACCAGAUGUGAUGUCAGGGGACGAAUUCUCCGGAUCGGAAGCCAUGGAUGGAGUGAUGAGCCCGGGAAGUUGUAAUAAGUCGGCAUUUAAUGCAGGGCCUUUAGAGUCUCCAGAAAAACAUGAGAGUAUUAUCUCUCCCAUAUCGCUCUCCAAAUGUAGUGGGAAAAAGAGAUUUAUCAACAAAGAAUUGCAGUUUAAUGCACAGCAGAAAAGUUCAAAUGUCGCUUCUUCUAUGGUCAACAAAAAACAGACUGCCAGUAAAACUGUAGAGUCUGAGGAUGAGGAGAUUGACGUGGUGGGUGUAGAAGAGAGAAUGGAACCUCAGAGGAAGAAGUCUUAUCCUCAAGCCUUUUCCCCACCCCAAAUGAAAGGAUACGCUUAUGUUGAAGACGACACACAUGGACAGACAAGGGAAGGGAGGAGGAUGAAGAGGAAAAAGAAGCAACAUGACAGCAUUCGCAAACUUCUGAGGUUAGAUAUCGAUAUGACUUGGACAGAUGUGGAUAGUUCAGACUCAGAUUCUGACUUUAGACCUAAAAAGCUGAGGAGAAGAAAUUCAGUUAAGUACAACUAUGACACCAGUCCUAGUGUUGAUAUGGAAACCAAAAAAAGAAAAAGGUCUAAGGCCUCUGCAACAGUGACAAGCAGUUCUCAGUUACAGCAAUCAAGCAGUAUGUCUGAAAACUUGGUCCAAGGGGAUCGUCCAACUGAUGCCGAGACUAGUAAAAAUAAAAAUUCAAGAUGUCCUCCUCGAAAGCAGCUAGUAGUAACCUCUCUUGACAACUUCAGCAAUACAGAUGAAAGUGCUAACAAGGAUCUUCCUGGUAAGGAAACUCCAAUACCACAGAUUUCUUUAAAUCAGGAUUUGGAUGUUUGUUUUGAGGAUAAACUGCUCUCUGAUAAUGCUCUUCAGAAAAGCAGUGAUUCUUGUAAUGACAGAUCUCUAACAUCUUUAUUAGAUGGAAAACCAACACUGAAAAAAUCUUCAAAUGAAAAAUCUAAAAAUUCAAAACACAGGAAAACUUCAAAAGGGAAAAAGAGAUACAAAAUGAACCCAAAUCAAAUGCUAAUCAAACAGUGGCUGGAAAAUGGCAAUGGUGAGAAAAAAGUGGAAGAGAAAGUGGAACUUCCUCCUGCAGUAGACAGCACCAAAAGUGGAGAGAAACCACGAAAAACUACACUAAAAAUCAGAUUUAAAGGCAAAACCUUCUUGUUUAACAGACGCCUUAGAAGUAGCACAUCAUUCAAAGAAAAUUUACAGGCAGGAGAGAAGGAAUCUAUCAAUUAUAGUAAGUUUUCACCCAGGGUAGAGAGUCAUCAAGGGAAACAACUCAAAGAACGUAGGAAUUCUGGAUCAAAUUCAUGCAAGUCUAUAGAUCCACUCGCAAGCCCACCAGAAGGAAUAGCAGACUCCACAGAUCUCUGGAGGGAGGCAAAAAGAAUGGUGUUUACAGAAAGAAAGAGGAAUUUUAUGGAGCAACGGCACCUGUGCUCACCUAGGACAUUUCCAAAGAAGAAAAGAUCCAGAGCAAUCGAAUCCUUAGUGCGGCUUCCAGAUGACACUAUCAAUAGUUAUAGUGAGGAGCGCAUUUAUUGCACUGUUUCUAAUGUGAAUGUCAAGUGUUCCUUAGCCAAGAAGUUUGAUUAUUUGGAGAGACCUCAGUCUGAGAGUGGGUCCACUUCUACAGACAUGUCAACAUUGACUUUCAUCGAUUCCAAUAGCUUUCUAAGUGAAGGUUCUAUGCCCAUAUUGUCCCCAGUGGAAAUGGAUGACAGCCUAAUUAUCAUGAGGGACAAAAAUAGAGACGAUCCCCAGGUGUCACCAGUAGGAGAUACUCACCACUGCAUGUUAGUCAACCUCAAACCCAACCGACUGGACAUUCAGAAGAGGGCGGGAAGCAUGUCUCCUAACUCGACCAAUCACAGCGAGAUUAGCCUGUCAGAUGAUGAGGAUGGAGGUCAUGUGAUCAGUUCCUUCCCUCAGAGAAUCACCACCACUAGAAGCAUGUCAGCAAUGGACACCCAGUGCUAAGAAAAAAGGAAAUAUUUGGAGGGACAUGUUUUGUUGAUAAAGAAGCAAGGUUGAAUUAUUUUGUAUGCCUCUUGUUUAUUUCUAUUACCAGUCAAUGAAAUGGUGUAGGGAUAACAUUUAGCUUAACAUUUUAUCUUUGUAGAAUUUUGUAUAGAAGAAACAUAUAUCUGAUAUUACUAAAUGAGAGACAUUUUUUGCCUUAAGAAGUAGAUUCUCAGAUUUUACAGAAUACUUGUAUACUAUGUAUGCCAGAUUGUGUUCAGGACAGUUUGUUCAUGUAUGAUUUAUGAACUGUUAGUAAUAAGUAUGAAUUGGGAUUUUUGCUUUAAUUAAAUGCAGUGGAUUUAUAUAAUUAUCUGAUACCA